GACAUAUGGCCGCCAGCCAAACGCGACGAGCGGGAGACGAAGCAUCGCGAGCGUGACCUCGGCGUACAACAGUCCGAACAGUCGAACAGCGGGAAGCAAAUAUGGCCGCCGCGCGAACAGAUAAUAGUGCGUAGCGGACGCGCUGCCGGCGAAAAUAGAAUUACGUGCGGGUGUACGAUGUUGCUGAAGGAUCGGGCUGCGACGGGGAAGAAGUACCGCAGGCAUCAUGGGAAAAACAAUGCCAGAUCCGCGGCCGGACUCUGCGUACAUCUGACGUGUAAUUAAACCGGAUCUGCGUGGGGGAUUUACGGAUCGCUGAAAGUACGGAAUUACAGAUCGACGUAUAAAUAACAAUUAGAAUGGAUUACCCAACUGCGGAUUGAUAACCGCAGUUAUCGCUAAUGCACCUCCUCGCAUGAAAUCGCAACGCGGAUUGCAAAUGGCUCGCGAAUUGUAAACUUAUAAUCGACCUUUGACGUCACGAUGCGACGCCGAGAAUCGUGACGCGUAGCCCGCGCGUCCGCGCAUUUAAUCGAUCACGCUUGUGUCGAUUAUCUAAUCGUCGUCCACCGUGACGGAACAGAAUUCUCUCACGCGAAGAUUCGUGUCGAUACAACUGUGUGAUGCCAGGUGAAAAUUGGUUAUCGUAUGUGCAGCUGACGCAAAUCCCGAAGGACAGUACGCUUCGUUCGUGCCCAAUCGCCCUUUAAAGGCGCGACGUUUGACCUUCAGGAGAAUCAAGCGCCUACCAAGUUGCAUGAUCGAAUUUUGCGAAUCAUUUUCAUAAAACUUUUCCCGCAAAAUAAUGACAGUUUUUCUCUCGGAAAUCUCGUUUGCGGAAACUUCAAUAGCGCCGAAUAGCAUCUCUAUCUCUCUUGUAUGGCACGAGUUAUAUCGCAUAAAAAUUUUCAGCUUCUUAUGAUGAUCUUCGGGGAGCCAUUCGGGUAUCAUUUACAAUCAGUAUCGUAUUUUAAACCUCGUAUUCGCGUCCCGUCCGUGAUUGAAUGAGAGGAGAUGCGUCGUAUCGAUACUCAAUCAAGCUUAAGCGUCUCCGCCGAUAAUUCCUGGGGCUAAUUAACGCCUGUUGAUUGGUCACCUUCGCCGGCGCGCCAUCGCCGACGCCGACGUCGGCCAACAUACAUGAUGAUGCGAUGGGGUGGGGGCUUAUUUACUUGCGUUGUCGGGUCAUGCUGAUCUCGUACGAGACGUUAGUCUUGCGUGCGACGCGCAUCGUGCCUUUCACGCUAUCGUGUUCCGUUCGCGCGUCUUCUCUCCUCUCGAACAUACAUAUCUGCGUCGCGUUCUUCGGUUUGGGAUGGCAUACCGCCCACCGUCAUCCUUACGAAAAUUCGAAAGACGCUCGCAAUGAUGUAGAACGUGCCAAAUUGACAUGGAGUUGAUAUUUCGCGCUAGUGCACGGACUGCGGGCCUCAGGGCCUGAUGAUUUCAAAAGCAAGAGGAUAACUUGUCAGUGGAAUUAUCGACGUGACACGUGAUACCAGACAAUUUAUUAUUAUUAAAAAUUAAAACAGAACUUUGUGGCUCUUAGGACAAUUUAAAAAGUGAGUGAUACGACACGCAUAAACUUACACACAUUUAUAUGAAAGUCAAGUAACGAACAAUUUUGCUGAAACAAUCAUCUGGAAAGGAAAGGUGCUCUUAGCGGUACGAUUUUUGGACGCAGAUAAAUAACAAAUAACAAAUCUGAUACCGAACUGAAAUUGUUUAGUGAUUCGUGAGCGAUUUUUUGCUUUGUCGUUGAACGACGUGGCCGCAGAAAAGAAUCGUAGAUUCUCGGGGGGCCUAAAUGGCACCCGAUCUUGAGAAGAGGCGCCAGGAAUUAAGGAGGGGCAGCAGCGCGACCUUGGACCAUGUCAACGAUCAUCUGGGCAUGCUCCUACAAUCGAGCUGUGUAAACGGCGCUUUAACGGAUCUUUAUCGUCAUGGUAGUAAUGCAGGUGGCAUAUCGUCGACGGUGACAGCAUCGUCUAUCUUGAGAAGCACCGCAACUACAAAUAAUCGCGCUCAUUCCACAACUAGGAGGGCGAUCAGUCAUCAGCAACGACAACAGCAGCAGCAGCAACGACAACAACAACAGCAAAAACAAUCUAGAGUUUCGCUGCCGUCUUUUGGUGGCAUCACUGUAAGGAGUUCGGAUGACCACGGACCUAGAACGGGUACGACACAAGACGAAAACUCGAACGAUUCCGGUCUUGGCUCCGAGGAACGUCAACAGCACUUUAACAACGUCAACUCUUGGAACGGCGUUGGCGAGGAGGACACAAAAAGAAGAAAGAUGGACAUCAAGCUGGAAUCUGAGGAUGCGAACUUCGCGUUUCCAGAAGUGGCUGCCGGAACUAGUCCUGACAAUAAGUCCUUGACGACCAGAACCACCGCUAACGGGAUCGGUUUGGGAAGUGUAUCUGGUAGUAGGACCGCAAACGGUAACUCCGUGAACAGAAUCGUAGGAGUGACCAGACCUCGACCUGCCUUGGGCGUGCUGACUAAGAGGACAUCGACCGCUCAUCAGGGGCCUAUCACCCUCACUUCGCAAUUGUCCAACAUCUCUGUCAAUGGUAAGACUCAACUGCAGAUUGUUUGCCAACCUGAGCAACAGCAUCGAGCUCGUUAUCAGACGGAGGGCUCGCGGGGAGCAGUAAAGGACCGUAGCGGAAAUGGCUUUCCCAUCGUCCGAUUGAUCGGCUACGACAAACCGACGACUCUGCAGGUAUUCAUCGGCACUGAUCUGGGCAGAGUGGCGCCGCACAUGUUCUAUCAGGCCUGCCGAGUAAGCGGCAAGAAUUCCACACCGUGCAUCGAACAGAAGAUUGAUGGCACGAUUGUUAUCGAGAUUGACAUGGAUCCUGCAAAGGAUAUCACCUGCGAUUGCGUCGGUAUCCUGAAAGAACGUAAUGUUGACGUGGAACACAGGUUCCCUCAGGAGGCCGGGCUACUUCAAGGAAGAAGUAAGAAGAAGUCGACACGGUGUCGCAUGGUCUUCCGUACGAUUAUCACGCACACUGACGGAACCACAGAGACUUUGCAAGUCUGUUCGCAGCCGAUAGUCUGCACUCAACCACCUGGAAUCCCAGAGAUCUGCAAAAAAUCUUUGACAUCCUGUCCGUGCACCGGUGGGCUAGAACUCAUUAUACUAGGCAAAAAUUUUCUAAAGGAUACCCGAGUAGUCUUUCAGUUGGAUAAUGAUGAUGUUACGAGUUUGGAACCGCAUUGGGAAUGCACCGUGCUGCCGGAUAAGGAGUAUUUACACCCGGCACACUUGGUGUGCGUAGUACCGGCUUACCGCAGGCAGGAUCUAGCACCUACGGAAACGGUCACCGUAAAAUUGUAUGCAGUAUCGUCUGGAAAGACCAGUGAACCGCAUACUUUCCUUUAUACGGCCGCUUCUACUCCCCCGCAGCCAUCUAUUGGCAAACUCGAGUCCAUUUCACCUCCACUUGGGAACGGUGACACUAACCUGGUCACAUCUUCAUCUGUGGUGCCACUAGCUACGGAUGUAGCAUCCAGCACUCUAAUAACGCAAGCAGCUGUGGGGCCGGCGAGCUUUUUAACCAAUCCUCCGACUCAGCCGCAACAAACCACCUCUUCAGCAGAUACAUUGAAGAAUGACCCCAGUCCGCCACCAGCGGGAACGUCUCAGGUGAUUCCCGUAAUGAUGUGGGCGUCGCAGUCUUCGAAUUCGCCCCCGGACGUCAUGAUGCCACCCCCGGUGCUUGUGACUAAUUCUCUAAUGAAUCGACGAUCUUCAUCGAGCCUCCAGCUGAUCCUGCCAGACAACUUGAAGACGGAAGUAUUGGAUGAAAAUAGUGAGAAUAGUAUGCUGAGUGACAAUAGCAUGCAGAGUAUUCCAACACCGACGGCAGCUACGAAUGGACCGACAUCUGUUGCUUCUCCCCUCCAGCAAUUGGUUAACGAAAACUCCAGAGAGGCUGCGCCUUCGCAAGCUGAUAUUAUCAGGACUGUCGCUAGCAACAGUCCUGUGCGAGAGGCAGUGAGUGGUCUUCUUGGAGUAGUGGAUUUAAUAUGUAAUCAGCAUCCUCUGUCAAUGGUGAAUACACAUCAUCCGACUUCGUUUGGAGGCAUGCAUGAGCCAACUCAGGUCCCAGUUCUCAGUCCCCAUCGUCUCAAGGACACCAAUGGUGUCUUGCCAACGGAAAAUAGUACCAAUGGAGCAGCUCUUCAAGGUGCUGGCGUGGUGGAUCUUCGCAUGAAACACCAUCACCAUCAGCCAGACUUUAGCACGCUGUCUAGUUUUACCAGCGCUUCCGGUGCACAGCCGUUAUCAGCGCCGAGCAGUCACGUGGUAGAAAAGUAUCUGAAUCAUAUUGAAUCCUCGGUGGCCACUAGCGAAGAAUCUGAUAAUCCAGAAAACGAAUUCGCUAUUCAGCAGCAGCGGACUUCCAUUAUCUCAGGAAGCGGUCAGCAAUCGGCGGCGCCUCCAGGAAUACUGACUACCACAGGGCAAAGUUCAGUAAAUGCUUUAGUAAACUCAGCUGAACAAAUGGUCUCUCCAUUGCGAGCUGUAAAUCCCAAUCAAACCGCAAUGUUGAGUCAUGUGACAGCUGAGCACGAGGCAAUCGGUAGCAGCCAGCAGACUAGGACUAGUCCACCGAUUCCAGUGAAGACGAUGCUGUUGGAGGCAUUGAUACCGCCGCAAACGGUGCAACCAUUGACAGCGGCUACAGGUGCGACAUCAGUAUCGCCUGCAACAACAGUGGAACAAACAGGAGAGAGUCUGCUAACUACUAUUAAUGCAGCAUUAUUACCACAGUUGCCAGAAAACCAAGUGAACGCGGCAAAUGCCACAUCGAAUUCUACGGUUGCUGGCAAUACGAUGCCAGCAGAACAUAUGCAACAGCAGAUUCAAGGACUCACACAGCAAGAAGUGGCCGUGAUGCAGCAGCAGGUACAGCAAGUAGAACAAGUAGUAGCACAAGCCCAACAGCAAGUCGAACAAGUUGUCGCGCAAGCGCAACAACAGGCAGUCCAAGCUGUGCAACAGGCUCAGCAACAGGUGGUCCAGCAAGUGGUACAGCAUGCCCAAGUAGUGCAACAAGCGGUGCAACAAGUACAGGCAGUGCAGCAAGUUCAAGCCGCUCAAGUAGUGCAACAAGCGGUGCAACAGGCAACUGAAGAAGUAGUGCAACAAGCAGUGCAACAAGCGACACAGGAAGUGGUGCAGCAGGUUCAAGCAGUACAGCAAGCUGUUCAGCAGGCUCAAGCAGCCCAGGCUAUGCAACAGGCGGUUCAGCAAGACAUCGGUUCCAUGUUGAAUCAGCCUGCAGGUUUUGUAGCAGAAGCUAGUUCCGCUUUAGCCAGCGGAGCCGCUCAUGAACCCUGUCAGCAGCGUCUGACCACCGCGGCUGAACAAGCCAUCAACAACGUCAUCACCAACGCCACGAAGGACAUCAUCAACAAUCGGCCUAUCACGACGACCACCGCUCACGCGAUCAUCGCCACAAAAAAUAUUCUGAACAGCGUGGCGACGCAGAGCGCGCAACUGAUGAACAAUACAAUGGAAGUGAUUUUGCCGAAAUCUCCGUCGGCGCAAAACAAUAUCGUCGAACAGGUCGCCAGCAAAUCACCACCGGUCGCACUUCCGGUCACUCCAAAUCGCCAGGCUGUGAAUGCCCCGAUUCCCAAUCCUGCCGCGAAUACCGCGGUCAACAGAAAGCCGGAGGAUGGGAUGCUGCCUCAAGAGCUUACUUCGAUGUCCGAGCACGAUCUUCUGAGUUACAUCAAUCCCAGUUGCUUUGAGCAACUUCCACAAAGUGGAUUCCUCUUGUAGUACUGCCGCGUUCCUCGCCAGAGGCAGAGGAUCAUCAUAUUAAUUUGAUGCCGACGAUUAUAUGCUAUAUUUAUAACAUGUGAUUAUUUUUAUAGAAGAAAAAGCAGAAGUACUUUGUCAACUUUGGGGUUCACAUUUAGGGUGCAUUCAGAGAGACGCUAUUAACGCUACCAACCAUUGUUCAUGGAGCCAAAAAUUUGUUAAAUGCCUAUAAAAAUAUUUAGAUCUAAUAAUUGCGUUAGUAUUACUAUCUAGCUCCGCGAACAGCCUUUAGCGCUAACUCCUCGAACGCACUCUUAUUAUAUAAACGUUUCUCGAGAUUUUUAAUAUCUGAAAUAAUUAUAAAAUUGCUCGAUUCGUGAAUUGUCAUUUUUAGUGAAUCCUGAAAUACUUGAUCUCCGAGUUAUUGAAAAUCUUUUGAUUUUUAUAAUUAACUUCAUUAAAUUCAUUUAACAAUUUGUGAGAGAUUAGACUUUUUAUUCAAAGCACUGUAUAAUAAAUUUCUUAAACAUCCAAAGUUUUCGGAGAUACUUCCGGAUUUUCCUACGAUUCACAUGAGAGAAACGCUGCAAGUCCACAGCGGCAGCUCAUUUGAGAUCGAGAAUUAUUAAUGUUUAAGUGUAAGACGGGCCCCCAAAAAGGGCGACAAAUUGGAUGUUUUUUCUCUUUCAUCUCUUUGUCCCUUUUAUGUUUUAUCUUAUAUAAAUGUUGUUGAUUAUCUUAAUAAUUCAUUAUUUAUCUUGGCAAUGUCUCAUUGCUGAGUACUUUUUUGCAUUGCAAGCUGUCUUGAGUUUUAUUGAAUCUUGAUAUUCUAUUUUAUUUUUUUUUAUAUUUUACAUUCUCUUUUAUUGAUAGUUUUUGUAGAAAAAUGAAGGAUCCUAAUUUACUUUCCUUCUUAAUAUUUAGUUAUUUAUUAAUCUCUUCAAAUGUCAUACUUUUUGAAAGUAUUACAAAUAGUGCAUUGGAAUAAUAGUGACAUUUCAAAUUUAAUUAAUCAAUAUCUUAAUCUCAAUGAAAUUAAGAAAUUAAUCGACGGAAUUAAUGAAAAAAAAUCUUGCUAAGAAAAAAAAUAAUGGAUUUGGCAGAAGUAUACAUGUAUAUAUUAAAUUGGCUACUUAUACGAAUUAUAACAUGAUUAAAAUUAUUAAUAAUUUGAUUUUAUAGCGAAAGAAUGGAUCAUCUCGUCGCUGUGGCCUUAACAUGUGUCUCAUACAUAUUUCGUAAUGUAGAAUAUGUAUAUUGUUUGAUAAUCUAAGUUUUUUUUUGUUUUCUUCUCCUUUUCUGUUAUUUAGUAUAUCGAUUAUGAUAAUAGAGUUACGUGAUUGCGUUAAUCUUAUCAUUAGUUGAUAGACGAAUAAAAAUGACAGAGUGAAAGAGUAUUGUGUGUGCGCUCGCGCAUGUAUGUGUAAAAAAAAAAGAGAGAGAUUACGUUAUGUGUGUAUGUUGAAAUAAUAUAUAUAAAUAUAUAUAUAUUAUAUAAAUA